AUGUGCCAUCAUAUAACCAAAAAUGAUUACGAAAAUGCAAAAGAAUGGUUUUGUAAGGCAUAUGAAGCUGGUGAUGCUUGUUCCGCAAAUCAAAUUGGCAUCAUGUAUAAAUUUGGAAUAAGAACCUUACGUGAACUUCAAAAGGCUGAAGAGUGGUACCGAAAAGCUGCAGAAGCUGGUGAUAAUCAUGGAAAAGUAAAUCUAGAAACUCGAUUAUUAAGCAAUGGUAACAAAGCUGAAGGAAUCAAAUGGAUUAAAGAAGCAGCCAUAGAAGGAUUAGCUGAUGCACAAUUGCAUUUAGGAUAA